GUCAACCGUAUCCCGUGUUAUCGUUAAGCCUUAGAUUGUUAGUGACUGUGGUAUGUGAACUAAAAUGGAGGAGGAGUCGAUGUCCGGGCACAGCUGUUCCGAGGACGACAUCAGUGUGGGGCGCCCGUCCCCGGCACCGUCGCGGUCGUCGUCUCCUCAGGACUAUUUCAGGCCACUGAAGCGGUUGAAAAUGGCUUCCGAACCGGUUGAGGAACGCCGUGGUGAAGGUGUCAAGAGUUUUUCUAUACUGGACAUUCUCUCGCACAGUCCGAGAACGCCCCCGAGGAUUGUAAGGCCGUGGGAUGCGUCAGGCUUUGAGAGACUGCAGCGGUUGCAGCGUUUAGCCGGCGCUGCUUUGCUGGAUGGUGAACGCUGGAGAUUAGCAGCCUUGGGAUUGCUAAGGCCGAGGGAAUUGCCAGCGGAAUGCUGCGAUUCAGCGUCUGAAAGGUCCUCGUCUGCUUCGGAUUGCUGUUCGGAGCCGAGAAGGGUGUCGCAAGGGGGGUCCAAUGCACCUCACACACCUUUAGAUGCCCUGUUUCAUAUGACCAGCAAAACUUUUGAGGCGAAUACUUCUGAAAGUGGAGAUGGCCAGUCAAAUCACUUGAACUUGUUCAACUCGCGACCUCAGCCAAAAAAGAAGCGAAAAUCCCGCACGGCCUUCACGAACCACCAGAUUUUCGAGCUCGAAAAGAGGUUCCUGUACCAAAAAUACCUAUCCCCUGCCGACAGAGACGAAAUCGCCAGCUCCUUGGGUCUAUCAAACGCUCAAGUCAUCACGUGGUUCCAAAAUCGACGAGCGAAAUUAAAAAGGGACAUGGAGGAGCUAAAAAAGGACGUGGAAAGCGCUAAAGUCCUUUCAGCUCAUAAAAGCUUCCUUGAAAACGUCACAGAUUUAGGGAUCCUUAAGAAGAAAGCUAUGAGUAUAGGCGCUAGUGAAGAGGCUGCGACGAAUUUAGUGGUCAGUGCGUCUAAAUGAAAUGAGGCGGCGCGUGCCCUCGCGCCUAACGUCUACGAUCGACGACUACUCGAUUUUUAAUCGAUAUCGUUAUUAUCGAUACACGGACUUCACUAAUGAAUAACAGGUGUAACAUAAACUUUCCGGUAGUGUUUUAAAGGGUAAAUUCGAUACAUGGGCUAUUCAAAUCGAAUACCGAUUUCACUUGCCUACAUAGGUACUAUACUCUAUCCGUGGAAAAAGUUAGA